AUGAGGGCCAAGCUUUCAGUAGCUUUUGGCCUGGUCGCACUCAUAGCGGCGGUGUCCGCUUGGGAACUCCGGGAGAAAAGGAGCGCCGACCUCGAAACUGCCGCCUCGAAACACGGCGGCGGCGGCGGCGGCGGCGGCGGUGGCGGGCACUGGGACAAGGGAGGCGGGCACGAACACCACGGCCACCACCAUCAUGGGCAUGGCGGUCACAGCCACAAGGGACACAAAGGACACCACGACCACUACCACGGCGGCAAAGGACAUCACCACCACGAAGGACACAAGGGACACCAUGGUGAAGAAGGUGGACACAAAAAACAUCAUCACCACGAUGACGGAUACCAUCACCAUCACCAUCAUGGAAAAAAGGGCGAGCAUGGCCACGGAUACGACGAACACGGGCACUGGCACAAGGGCCAUGACACAAAAGGACACCAUGGCGUCGCGAAAGGCGACGAAUUCAAGAAAAACAAGCACUUCCAUCAUAGCCAUGGAGACAAAGGCUUCCAUGAAGGUUACGGUGGCCAUCACCAUGAGGGUGGACACAAGAAGGGUGGACACUUUCACCAUGGACACAAGCACGGUGGUCAUCACGAUCACCAUUACGGCAAGAAGGGACAUCAUGAGGAAGGUGGACACCAUCACGAUCACAAAGGCCACCAUGGCGGAGGCGGCCACCAUGAGCACCACCAUGAUCACCAUGACCACGGCAAGAAGGGUGGCCAUGAGCACCACAAGCACUGGAGCCACAAAAAGGGAUAA